AUGGUGGCCGGCCUAACUGCCUACGUGGCCGACACCAUGGGCCCACACUUUGUAGAGCCGCAGCCGUUUGAGCUGGCCCCCUGCUACGCCGACUCCACGCCCUCCGCGCCCCUCAUAUUCCUGCUGUCCCCUGGCGCCGACCCCAUGGGGGUGCUCCUGCGGUUUGCGGAGGAGCGCGGGGUUCGCGUGGAGAGCGUGAGCCUGGGGCAGGGGCAGGGGCCGGUGGCGCAGAAGUGGAUCGAGGAGGGCGCGGCGCAGGGCUUCUGGGUGGUGCUGCAGGUGGGUUGGGCACAUGGGGCUUGCUGUUGGCCGAACGUGCUGUGGCUGACCAGCGACCCGACGCCGGCGUUCCCGGUCACGCUGCUGGAGGCCGGGGUCAAGAUCACAAACGAGCGGCCCAAGGGCCUCCGCGCUGGGUUGCUGCGGACGUACACCAGCGACCCAGUGGCGUCCCCAGAGCUGUUUGAGGGCUGCGUGAAGCCGGGGCCCUUCAAGGCGCUGCUCUUCGGCCUCGCAUUCUUCCACAGCGUGUGCCUGGAGCGCCGCCAGUUUGGCCCGAUUGGCUGGAACAUUCCCUACGAAUUCAACAACAACGACCUGCGUAUCAGCGUGCGCCAGCUGCGCAUGUUUGUGGAUGAAUACCCCGACAUCCCCUUCGACACGCUGGCCUACACCGCGGGGGAGUGCAACUACGGAGGGAAGCGGUGGCGGGACAGCACCAGCAGCAGCAGCACCAGCAGCAGCAUGUUGAGCAGCCGGGAGGCAACUGCGGCGGUCACGGACGCCCACGACCGCCAGACGCUGUCGACGCUGCUGGGCGCCUUCUACGCGCCCCCCAUCCUCGCGCCCAACGCGCCGCUCUGCCCGGGCAGCACCUACGCCGUGCCGCACGCCGGCGAGCACAAGUCCUAUGUUGACUACAUUCAGGGCCUGCCCCUGCUGGCGCCGCCCGAGGCGUUUGGCCUGGGCGCCAACGCCGACAUUGCGCGCGACCUGCGGGAGGGGGGCGCGCUGCUGGAGGCGCUGCUGACGACGCAGGCGAGCAGGCGGCGGCGGCGUUGGCGAUGCGGAUUUCGGAGGGGUUUUGAAGGGUUUUUGGGGACGGGGCCGAUCUUGCUGCGAGCUGGCCGGCAGGAGGCCGCGCCCGCCGCGCCUGCCGGCGGCGCCCGCCCCGGCGCGCCCGCCGGCGCAGCGCCGCGUAGCGCCGAGGCGGUCAUGGGCGACGUGGCGCGCGGCAUCCUGGCGCGGCUGCCUGAGCUUUUCGACAUUGAGGCGGCAGAGGCAAAGUACCCCCAGGAUUACUACAACAGCAUGAACACUGUCCUGGUCCAGGAGCUGGUGCGCUUCAACGCGCUGGCCGCGGCGAUGCGUUCCAGCCUGGCGGCGCUUUCUCAGGCGGUGGAGGGCCUGGCCGUGAUGAGCGCUGAGCUGGACGAGCUGGGGCGCAGCCUGUUCGACGGCAAGGUCCCCGCGCUGUGGCUGCGCCGCAGCUUCCCCAGCAUGAAGCCCCUGGGGUCCUACGUGGCAGACGUGCUGCAGCGCGCCGCAUUCUUCCGCCGCUGGCUGGAGAGGGGGCCGCCGUCGGCGUUCUGGCUGCCGGGGUUCUUCUUCACACAGGCCUUCCUCCCCGGCGCCAAGCAGAACUACGCGCGCCGCCACCGCAUGCCCAUCGACGCCGUCGACUUUGACUACGCCGUCCUCGACGACCUCCCCCGGGACGGCGGCCAGCCACCGCUGCUGACGUCAGACGCUGACGUCACCGGCGACGUCACCAGUGACGCCGUCCUCUACAGCCCCAUGCCCGUGAUCUGGAUGCUGCCCCGGGACGUGUCCUCCAUAACCGACGGCGCGCGGCCCCGCUACGCCUGCCCCAUGUACAAGACGCCCGACCGCCGCGGCGUGCUGUCCACCACCGGCCACUCCACCAAUUUCGUGUGCGACGUCCGCCUGACCGCGGGGGAGCCGUCGCGGACGCCGCCGGCACACUGGACGCGGCGGGGCGCGGCGCUGCUGACGAGCCUCGCGGAGUGA